ACCCGAUAGGUUUUGAAAAUAUCGAUAACCAAACAUACAAAUAAUUGUUUUCAUUGCGAAUCGCCAGCGCUCUGUAAAACUUAUGCAUAAAACUCGCUAAAACGCAAAUAAGGACAAGUAGAGCUGUUCAAAGAGAGAAGGUGGGCCAAUCGAAACAACCAGGGCGUGCAAAUCGAGAUUGAGAGGCGUGGAAUCCCCAGAAAGUGCGGUGUGAGCGUAAAAUGCAAUAGUCGCUGCCAUGCCAAAGGCCAAGGGAUCAAGCUCCCUUGGAUCAAAGGGACCAUCCCGGAGAAUAUCUUCGGCAGACGUGGUGCCCCGGGGAUCGUCGGGAUCGGGUGGAUCGGCGGGAGUGGCGGUGCCGCUCCAGAACUCCAAGCAGAAGCAGCCGGAGAAAAAGAAGGACUCGCUGGCAGCCAAGGAAUCUGCGGUUAAGAACAAGGAAUCUUUGAAGAAGGAGCCUGUGAAAAAUGAGCCCGUGCAGGAGCCGUCCACUGCCAUCUCCUCCAUCCCGGCGGUUGACAAGCUGCGCCGCUUCUGUUUUAUUGGCUCCGCGGACGAGCCCGUCUAUGCCACGCCCACGCUGGACCUCGCCGUCGAGACCAGCUUCGCGUCGCUGAAGGACCUCUGCUCUCAAGUGACCGAAGUAGAGCUGGCCGAGUGCCUGACGAGUGUCCUGGGCAGCGGACCGAAUGCAGAGCACCUGCCGCGCCCAGACGAGCCCCUCCUCAUCCUGGCCGUCUAUCUUACCACGCGCGACGACGAAAAGGAGCGCAAGUUGGUGCGAAACAGGUUCGCCGAUCUGAUUACCGGCGAAUCGCACCUGCUGCUGUUCGUCCAGCUGGUGAAGCGAGUCCAGAAACUGCUCGAUCGCAAGACGCCCUUCAACCGCACGGUGCGCAAGGCCAUUCUCGACUGGUAUGGCAAGCAGCCAUUGGACCGCCUCCUUCACCUGUGGUCGGUGGGCGACGGAACUCGUUGGUCGGCGCAUCGCGAUCUGCUGCACCGCUGUCACUUUCGGGAUGGCGAUUUUCGACCGGAAAUCAUGGCUGCCUUGCGGUUGCUCUCAACGUCGCCCAAGGAGCUAUCGAAUUGGCCCGCUUUCCUGACGCCUUUAAGCAGUAGCCGCGGAAUUAUCGAGGGUGUGGUGAAGCUGCGUCUUCUGCAGGAUCCCGAACAAGCUCUGCCCAUUGUUAAGAAGCUCUCGCUGAGCUGGGAGCAUGUGCCGCUCCAGCUGUUCAACGAUCCCGGACUGGCCAAGUUUCUUAUACCGCGCAUGAGCUACGAGCAGCUCCUCCGCAGCUGGCCACGCCUCUCGCGAAUGCAGCACCAGGUGCGCCCCUUCGCCGAGCAGCUACUGGACGAGAAGAAGCUCAAGGCGGGAAAUGUCCCGCCCGUUCGUUUGCUGCUGGAGGACAUGCGUCUGAGGAAGCCCAGGAAGUUGUAUCCAACUUGUUUGCGGAAAGCGAGUUUUCUGCAUAGCGUUUACGAAAUAUCCUUUGGCAAGAACAAGGCUCUCGGCAGGCGUCUGCACAUCACCCUUAAUCUGGAGCAGCACUACCUAGGCAAAUACCUUACCGGUCGCUGUCGUAUGCUUAAAUACAUAGAUGGCCUGGUGGCAAUGGCCUUUGGUUACUUCCGUAGCGAUCCCAAGGUGACGGUGCAGUUCUGGCACGAUCGCAGUGGCCAGCUGAAGACGCUGCCCUGGACAAAGGAGAUGACCGUGGCAGAGGCCACGUCCUGCUGCGUGGAUCAGAAGGUGCUUAAGAUCAAGCAGUCGCUGACGGAUAUUUUGGACAGAGCGCUGGAGGAUGAAAAGAACACGUACGAUGUGUUUUUAGUGCUGGUGCCGGGAGCCGGGCGGGGAAAUCCGGCGAACAGUUCCAAGAGCUUGGCUGCCCUGAUGGAUGAAUACCGCGAGAAGCGCAGCUCCAAUGCCAAGUUCAUAAUUGUGAGCCUGCGGCAGCACCACGGCUCCAUGACCUAUUCCGGCGAACGAAACGAGAACCUGUUGGAGUUGUGCAGCCUGGACGAGCACACGCCGCGGCUGAUUAACGCCUUUGCUCGCAGAAAGUUCUACUAGACGUGGUAGAGGAGCAGCCUUUCGAAUCACCGACGAAUCCCAAAUAAUCGCACAGCUGCCAGCGCAAAUCAGUACCAUUUGUUGAAGGACGGUGGCCAUCGGUUCGUUGCCAUCGGCCAUCUCUCUCGCUUUCAUAGACGCUAGGGCGCUCGGUCCACCCACUCCCGUUCAGAAUAGCUUUCAUGUAACAUAUAUAUAGGUCCUUGGUGUGUAAUCAUCGUAGAGCCAGGCCAACUUAAUGCUACAUACUUAUGUACUAAUAAUGGUAAUAGUUACACCCCGGAAUCCAGAAUUGCAAUCGGGUUAGUUAGAUAUUUUUAACGCUCGUUUUGUGUAAUCACCUUUGUAUUCGUAUUUGUAUUUGUACCAGAUUUGGUGGAUUUAUUUUUUGAAAUCAAACUGAAUCAACUGAACUGAACUCAAUCUAAAUUCAAUUUGGAUUAAAAACAAUCUCAAAGCAAAAGCAAACGCAAGCGCAAACAACAAACAAAACAAAAAAGAAAAAAAAACAAAAAAACCGAAGAACAACAAAUUGCCUUACAAACAAAAAUGUUAGUAAAACUUUCAUUUUAGUUUAGACUUUUUCAAAAAUCGAAUACUGGAACUGAAACUGAAACACAAAUUAUGGCAUUUAGAUAAAGUUAAAGUUAAACGUAAACUAAUCAUAUGGCCUAUGUAUUGAAUAUUGAAUAUUAAUCUAACGUAACUUAAAAUAGUCCAAGUCAAAGCAAUAAUCACCAACAACUAAGCAAAUCCAGUUAUAGCCUCAGAUCGAUCAUAGAUUUAUGUUGUGCUCGAAUAGAAUCGAAUUAAAUUAGCUAAAUAGUCAAAACGCGUACAAGGAAAAAAAGAUAAAAAGAAAAUGGAAAAUGAAAACUCCCAAUGUGCCAUACACACCACCACAAAAUCACACAACCAAACUUACACACCCCAUACACUCGAUCAGUAUAUUUAUUAGGAUUGUGAAAAAACGCCGAACCGAAAACAUAUAGAGAACAAUAACGAAACGACGAGCAAACGCUACCAAUUUGACUAAAAUUAGUUAAGUGAAAUUAUACUCAAAUUACGAUUAAAUUACAUUUACUUGUAUAGAAAGCAUAGCAACCAAUUUGGAAGUUAAGCAAAAUCCAACCGAAAAUAGGGAAAUCGAAAACGAAAUUAAUUAACCAGAAAUCGAAACGAUACAAAAGAAAAUAGGAAAUAUUUCCACGGACAUUUCUAACCAAAUGUUUCCACACGCGUCUGUGAAGUAAACCGUUGUGAUCGCUUUAAAUUUUGAUUUAAACAAAACAUAAAUACAAAACAGGAAACUACUGAAUACAAAAUGCAGAAAAGUCGGAACACAAACCGCGAACAGGCAGCUCUAAGUUAUUCUAUAUAGUUUGUGAACUCAAAAUCAGUAGGAGCGUAACCGAAAAGUACCUAUACAACAAAAGCUAAACUAAAACUGAAACUUAUACUGCAGAGCCAACCAAUUGAACUCCAAAAAUCCAGCAGAACUACACAAGAAGUAUUCAACUAAACCGCGCUGCCUGAAAAAAAUCGAGGAUAAGGUAGAUCAAAGGAGCUGAAUUGGAAGAAAGGAUCUACGGACUACCGCAGAAUGUAUACACUUUACAGAUUGUGGAGGAGAAAUCUGAUUUGAAUUUAUUGUUACUAAUAUUAAGGCUCAUUUGUGCCCUCUUUGAAAGAGGAUUAACCAUAAGGAAAAUUGAAAGAGACCCAACCAAAACCACUGUGAAAUGUGUCACAACUCCUAUGUUUUUUCCCCUUAUUAAAGGGUCUCUUCUUAUAAUUUUAUUUUACAUUCACUUUAGUUUAAGAUUCUAAAAUUUGUUUAUCGGCUUAAGCACACAAAAUUUUGUGGUCCGAAGUAUAUAAGUUAUCUCUACGUAUGAAUUUACGCAUUCCAAUUUGAAUAUUUUUCAUUAUUUUUGUAUUAUUAGACUUAAAACCAUUAUACCUUUAUUGUUACCACAUAAGUGAACAUUUCAGUUUGUAAAGUGUAUCCCACACAGAAACGCAAACCAAACAGUUGAAACAGUAAAGUUACCGAAAAGUUGAACAGUGAAAAAUAAGUUAAACAAUAAAAACAUAUGCCAAGGAAACACA